AUGCAUCCUCUACCUCCUGCGGUUUACCACCGCCCCAAGGCGCCAAACACGCCCCAGCCUGCUGCAUCCAGCACUUCCAAGACCGGCACGAUGCUCAGCAGUGCUCGAAAUAGCACCCUCUUCUCCCCGAGUCGUCGUGGAAAGACGACUGCCGACGGCCACUCACAAGCUUCGCCUGCCUCGCAGGCGAACGACUCGGCGUCGAAGUCGUGGGGUUCAUCGACCCGGGCUAACCCUACGACCUCGUCGAUCAAUCUGGCCCAAAUGCUCGGCUUGGGUCAGCAGAGGGAUUCGAUCACUUUACCUCGCAAACAACAUUCGUCAGGAUUGCAGCCUCACACGUUGUCGAGAGCGGACGAGCGCGAGCUUGGGGGCGCGAGCCUCGUUGAAGCAGGGGCCUCCUUCGAGCAUUCCACGUCGGGACUCGGACAACGUGCCAUCAAUGCACCAUCGGGAGCGAGUGAUCGAUCUUGGGAUAACGAGGAACCUCCCACGAUGAAGAAGAAGGGAUGGUUUGAAGAAGUCUAUGUCAAAGGGGCUUUGACACCACAAAAAUACUGCGCGGUCGAACAUGAUGAGGCGGCCUAUUGGCCCGGGUACUCGUCGCAGGUGAGGGACAAGUGAGUUUCCGCUUCAAACGGUCUGAGCCGAACGGACUCGUCCUGCUCAACCGAGCUGAUUAAUCUUGUGGGCGGCUUUCAAACUAGAGAAAUGUUCCUGAACGCCAUUCUGACCUCGGGCCAAGGAUCGAUCGAGGGUACCUGUGCCCAUACCCCCAAACCGCCGAACUCGUCGACGGGUGCUACCCGACCGACCCUACCACCGCCGAAGAGGGCUUUGGAUCUCGGCUGUGGACCCUUGUCGAUCUGGAGCGUCAGCACGGCAAAAAUACCUGGCUGGGAAGCUACGGAAUUUGUUGGUGUGUCCAUCUCGUAGGUAGUUGAGAGAAGAAGGGUGAACUCUGAAGCUUCUUGGUCAGGUCUCGACAUCGUACCCUCGCAACUACCGCUGCAGUACCUUCCCUCGGAUAUCGCCGAUCGAUUGGCCUACGUGCAGCACAACUACUUCACCACACUUCCCUUCGAGGAUGGAGAAUUUGACUUUGUCAGGCUCUGUGACCUCGGAGCUAAUAUGCCCGAACAUCAGUGGGACUUCGUCAUCGAGGAGGCCACCCGGGUUUUGGCCGUUGAUGGCGAGUUCCCCUCUACUAUUCUACAUCUCUGCGAAGUAUUGGCCACUCACUUUGAUACUUCGGUUCUACAUACAAAGGGGUGGUGGAGAUUGUGGACCGAUCAUUCCCUGUGCUUGGUAAACACAUUGAAGGGGCAAACUCAAGUUCAGAUUCCAAAUACUCUGUAAAACUCGACCCCUUUGCGCGCGUGCAGGCGUGCAUCGACGGAGUCUUUGACCGUCGCUUCGUCAAUCCUUGUAAGAGUGCCCAAAUAGGGACCUAAAUCUAAGCCUGAUUGACUCAUCGCGAGAGGGCGCGCAUGAUCCACAGACAACAUUCGUAUCAUUCCGACAUCUGUGUGCCUUCACUUGCAUGACGUUCAAUCCACCGGUGUGUUAACGAUCGAGGUCCCCUUCGAGCGGCCGCUUCCUGGCUGCAGCCUCGCCCCGACUCCAUCCAUCCAAGCCUCAAACAAUGUUUACCACGAGGAAAAGACGCCUAUAAUCGAACCGUUUGCGUCCUGCCCCCCGCUGUACGACUUCUCGAGCAUUCAUCUGGGCAAGACAACGAAGAUGCAAGCGCCGAACCUGGACUCGAUAGUCAUGGCGAUAGAAGCGGACAGAUUGACGGCAUGCUCUUUUCGGCUUGCACACGAGGUGUGUUUCUAGGUAAUCCCAAUUAUUAAUGGCAAACUUGGUGUGGGAGCUGAACGCUUUUGUUCUGUUUAGGGUGCACUGGUCGAAAUGCGCGAAGAGGACAGAAGGGAAGGACCUCGCCCGAAAAGUGCGAGCGAAACGCUUCGAUUCGCAAAGCUGCGUUCCGAGCUCGUCGAUACGAUCCAUGCGCACUGCGCAGAUUUACGCCAACACGCCGAUUUGGCUCGACUCUUUUCCGACCAGAGUAUAGGGUGGGGUUGGACCUGCAAGAUGGACGAGGAAGCCCUAGCUCUACAAUUGAGCAAUCAGCCCUUAUUGGAGGAGCGCAUCGCCGAAUGCGUGAGAAUGCUCGAUCUGGCAGUACGACGAGAGGCGAGUCAAGGGAUGACGAGAGAUGAUGUCGAAGCGGGCCUCGAUACGGCGACGAUGGAGAUGCGCUUGGCGCAUGCCCGCUUCGCAAAAAGGGAAGCCGAGCAAGAGGUGCGCGCGCUCGAGAGUCGGCUCGGGAUCGACAAGCGUAAGGAGGUGUUGAAGCCGGGCGAACUCGGGACUGCGACCAUGUGCUGCUGGGUCGCGACCAAGAAAGCUCCCGUGGCAAUGCGGACAUGA